AUGAUCCGAUCAUACGCCGUCGCGAUCGCGUCGCUGCUCGCCGGAGCAUCUGUCGUCCACAACAUCUACAAGCCAGACCUGACUAUACCUGGCGCUGUCAGCGGCGGGGAAAAAGCGGAGAACGCGGAGAUUCAGAAGGCAAGGGGAGGAGAGGAGAGAGCUCCAGGUAUUACCGAGGUCAACGCGAAUUCAGCCCCAAAAGCUCCUGAGGAAAAACAAUAG